CUUUCUACUACUAGUGUGUUAAGCCGCGAGAAAAACCCUAAUUCAAACCGUUGCAAUGGUUCUCACUCGCAGCAGCAAGAAGGCGCCGAAACCUCAAACCCCGCCGGUGAAGAACCUCUCGAAAGCUCAGACGCCUCCGUUAUCGAAGGCAGAGAAACCACAGACUCUGACAUCGAAGAAGGGAGCCAAGUCUCAGAAGAAACCUCCGUUGAAGAAGCAGAAGAAGGAUGUUGUUGUGGAGGAGGAAGAGGUUUCCGAUGUAGAAUCAGAAGAGAUAGAUGAAUCCGACGAUGGAGAGAAAGGCUCUAACGGAUUCUUCUCUGACGACGACGGUGAAGAGCUCUUAGGUGAUGACUUUUUGGAAGGUAGCGGCGACGAAGAGGAGGUUUUGAGCUCUGAUUCUGAUUCCGACUCGGAUGAAGACGAUAUUCAGAAGGAAUCUGAAGCUAUUGACAGAGCGAAAGCGAAGGAGGAGGAAGAUGCUGAUGCUGAGCUUCUCGAUUUCAACAAGGAAGCUGGACCUGAGGAGCAUGAGACAUUUCGCCUACCAACUCAAGAGGAGCUUGAAGAAGAAGCUCGUGGGCCACCUGAUCUUCCUCUACUGCAGAGUAGAAUCAAAGAGAUUGUUAGAGCUCUGUCGAAUUUUAACGUCUUGAGGCCAAAGGGAGCCAGCAGGAAAGAAUGCGUUGAACAGCUCAAAACUGAUCUUGCUUCUUAUUAUGGCUAUAACAGUUUCCUUAUUGGCGCUUUGUUUGAGCUGUUUCCUCCUGUUGAACUUAUGGAAAUCAUUGAAGCCUUUGAAAAGCAAAGGCCUACAUCUAUUAGGACAAACACACUUAAGACUCGAAGACGGGAUCUUGCUGAUGUGCUUUUGAACAGAGGAGUCAAUCUAGACCCAUUAAGCAAGUGGUCAAAAGUGGGACUUGUUGUUUAUGAUUCACAAGUGCCAAUCGGUGCCACUCCUGAAUAUUUGGCUGGUUACUACAUGCUUCAAGGUGCUAGUUCGUUUUUGCCAGUGAUGGCCCUUGCCCCUAAAGAGAACGAGCGGAUUGUGGAUGUAGCUGCUGCUCCUGGUGGUAAAACAACUUACGUUGCUGCUCUAAUGAAAAAUACUGGUUUGAUAUUUGCGAACGAGAUGAAAGUACCUAGGCUCAAGUCGCUAACUGCCAAUCUGCAUCGCAUGGGGGUCACAAAUACCAUAGUUUGUAACUAUGAUGGAAGAGAGCUACCCAAGGUGUUAGGUGAGAGAUCGGUUGACAGAGUAUUGUUGGAUGCACCUUGCAGUGGGACUGGGGUCAUUUCGAAAGAUGAAUCAGUUAAAACUUCGAAAUCUCUAGAGGAUAUAAAGAGAUUUGCUCACUUGCAAAAGCAACUUUUACUAGCUGCUAUUGAUUUGGUGGAUGCCACAUCCAAAACUGGUGGAUAUAUUGUUUACUCAACAUGUUCACUUAUGGUUGCUGAGAACGAAGCCGUAAUUGACUAUGCCCUGAAAAAGAGGAAUGUUCAACUUGUUAAAACUGGACUCGAUUUUGGCCAAGACGGAUAUAGAAGAUUUAGAGAGCACCGGUUUCAUCCAUCUUUAAAGCAGACUAAACGUUUUUAUCCUCAUGUACACAACAUGGACGGAUUCUUUGUGGCAAAGCUGAAGAAAAUGAGCAACAUGAAACAAGCGUCAGAGGAUGAUGACGAGGCGGUAGAAACUGUAGAACAAGCUGAUGUGUCUAGUGAUGAUGAUGAAGAAGCUGAGGCGAUGGAAGAGAUGGAGAAGCUUUCUGUUCCCAGUAAGCAACCCAAGGAAAACAAGGAGAGACUUGCAAAAUCGAAGGAGAAGAAGAAAGGCAAAAAAGAUGGGAAGUCAAAAUCUAUAAAUGUUGAGAGGAAGCCAAAGAAGAAGAGAUCUGAUUGGAAGAAGGAAAUUGCUCAAGCUAGGGAAGAGAAACGAAGAGCCAUGAGGGAGAACUCGAAGGGGAAGCAAUGAUUCAGCGGUAAUGCAUCAAACACUAUCAUCUAUGCUCAUGGGGAGGUCCAAGGAGGUGCCGAUGCUUGGUUUCUUUUUUAUUCAUUCGCGAACUAUUUUGUGUAACAUUAAAUUAUGAAAACCAAAGAGUGACAGUCUUAUCUGCCCAAAAGUUUUGUUUCAAAAAUGUCUUUUAGAGUGAAGUUGAGUUGAGCCAAA